AUGAGAAAAGAGAAACUGCUUCUGCUGUUCUCCCUUGCCUCACUUAUCGUAUUCACUCUAGCGGUUGGAUUUGUUCAACCGAACACACCAUAUUGCGUAGUGUUAGUGCCAGAGGCAAAUACGUCAUGUCAAAUGGUGCUUGUUCCGGCUGGCAAAGUGGUUAAAGGUGGAGCAUUGGGAAUGUUGAAGGAAGCUGUGGUUGGAAGAACGAGACGACGUGCAGAAAGUCAGAUAAUCGAGAAGAUAAUCGAUUUGAGUUCAUUUGAUAACGAAGAGGAUAUCGUUGCUGGCAUUGCUCCAGAAUACAUCACUUCUGAUCAGGUAUGUUAUGGACCUUUUGGUUACGGUCAAGCUAUGAUUGAAAACAUUUGA